AUGCAGGCUGUACUGUGGUAUACAGAUGCUUUAAAGUUGAAGACGACUCUCGAAGAACAUUCAUCAAUGAUCACGGAUGUGCGUUUCAGCCCAAGUAUGCCACACCUUGCCACGUCAUCUUUUGAUAAAACCGUCUAUGUCUGGGAUGCCGACAAUCCUGGUUUUUCUCUGCGUACCUUUAUGGGACAUUCUGCAUCUGUGAUGUCAUUGGAUUUCCACCCGAACAAAGACGACCUCCUCUGUUCGUGUGACGGGGAUGGGGAGAUACGCUGCUGGAGCGUAAAUAAUGGUAGUUGCACUCGUGUAUUCAAGGUGGAUAAUAAUGGGGUAGGUGAGCUAGGAGAUAGUGAGGUAGGUGGCUGCGACGGUGGCGGUGAAGCGGCUGUAAACUGGCAAAAUGCUCGAUACAAAGCCGAGGUACUGUCACACUCGCUUUACGUGCAGUUGUCGGCUCACGUGUCUUGUUUGCGAAUUGCGACUCCCGUGGAUCAGCUUCCUAGGAUCGAUGCACAGCUGGCGCAGUCGCAGCAUGUUGUCGCGAAGUAUUCGGGUCUCGGUGGGCAGGGUGGUAUUCUUGGUGAUGAUAAGGAGCUUGAUCAAUUCAUGGUACGAGUAAAAGAUUGCGAGUUUACUCAUUAUGUUUUGUUGCUUUGUUCUUUUAAAGAGAAACUGCAACAACAUGUUUGUGUUCACGCUAUGGAAGCUGUUAUCGCGUGUUGGGAGAUCGAGCAGUCGCUACAGAGCUUGACAGGUUUUGUGGCUUUGUUGGUUUGGAUUUCGGAUGCAGGAAUCAACCAAGCUAUGGCCAGAGAGUUACAAAAACUCAAGGAUAUGAUAUCCAGUGUCCCAUGA